UCUCAGGUUCUGCCAACCGUCAUCGUGUUUGUGUUGAUUUGUUGAUUUGUUUAUUUUGAUGGAUUUUGGCGUGUUUGUAGUGGUAAACCGGACGUAAACAGGGUGUACUCGUACAAACUGUCACUUUCUUUGUCAAACGGGAACAUAUUCGGGAGUGGAAGAGAUUAAAGUGAAGAUUUUCGGAGCGUUUUGUUGUGCUUCACUUCGGUCCUUCAGGUAUGGACACCAGUGCAAACUGUCUCUUCUGAUUCCCCUACUUAAGAAAUUUCUCUCUUUUGUCCAGUUCUGGAGGUUUCCGUGACAACCACCCUGCCAUUCCACCAUCCUUCGCCGAGGACGCACAACCUCCGAAUCCCCCUGUUCUCCAAAGCCGGAGGGAAAUAAAACAGAAGCGAAUGACCGGUGAACAGAACAGAGUCGUGUGUGGAUCAGACAGAAUGCUGAGCAGAAAUAAAGACCAAACUGGAGUUUAAUGUAACGCAGUGGAACCUCGCAGGCCCUCUCACGCGCGCGUAUGCAGACGUCAGAGCCGUAACCGUGUAGCCACCCCCUUGCUUGAGUGCGGUGGAGUUUGGCUGCGCUUUGACUGAUCAGGAUGCCGGCGAAAGGGAGGUACCUGCUGAACGAGCAGAAGUUGAAACAGGAAGUGCUCUACAGGAAGUUCUCAUGCAUCAGCCAGUACCAGCCGCUGGUUCUGCUGCUUGGACUGAGCAUGCUCACAUGCGCCACUCUGCUGGUGCUGUUUUUUAGCCUGCAACUGCAUGUGAACAACCAUGUUGCUUUCGUGGCUGUGGUGAGCACGGCGCUGUGUGUGUUCCUGGCCGUGUUUGUGCUGGUGUGUGCAGAGGCGCUCCCUCAGAGAUGGACCACGCUGCUGGGCCUGGUGGUGUGGGCCACACACCUCACGAUGGGAUUUACCUUUAUCUAUAGCACAGAGUACAUUCUCCCCUGGGACCAGGUGCCAUUCUUCCUCUUCAUCAUCAUCACAGUGUUCACCCUGCUGCCCUUCCAGAUGUGGUAUGCGGUCAUCCUCGGUAUCAUCUCUUCGCUCUCACAUAUUAUUGUCCUGUCAGUGCAUUUAACCCUGAUCACCCCCUACCAGAGCUCUUACCUCACAAAUCAGCUCUUGUCGAACGCAGUGGUGUUUGUGUGUGGGAGUGUGGUGGGAGCAUUUCAUAAGGUUCUGAUGGAGAGAGCGCUCAGGCAGACUUUCCAAGACACGCUGCGCUGCCUUGAGAUCCGCAUGAAACUGGAGAUCGAGAAGAGGCAGCAGGAAAAUCUGCUGCAGUCGGUGCUGCCCGUGUAUAUUUCAAUGGAGAUGAAGCUGGCGAUAAUGGAGCGCUGUAAAUGCAAAGACAAGGAGGCACAUCAGCGACUGGUGAAAGACAAUAACUUCCAUAGUCUGUACGUGAAGAGGCAUGAGAACGUCAGUAUUCUGUACGCAGACAUUGUUGGUUUCACUUGUUUAGCCAGCGACUGUUCUCCUAAAGAGUUGGUGAUCAUGCUGAAUGAGCUCUUCGGAAAGUUUGACCAGAUUGCCAAAGAGAAUGAAUGUAUGAGGAUAAAGAUUCUGGGGGACUGUUAUUACUGUGUAUCUGGACUACCUGUGUCUCUACCCAAACAUGCCAAGAACUGUGUCAAAAUGGGUUUGGACAUGUGUGAAGCUAUUAAGCUUGUCCGCGAGGCGACCGGCGUGGACAUUAACAUGCGAGUGGGCGUGCACUCUGGAAACGUACUCUGCGGCGUGAUCGGCCUGCGUAAAUGGCAGUUCGAUGUUUGGUCGCAUGAUGUCACUUUGGCUAAUCACAUGGAGUCUGGAGGUUCACCGGGCCGGGUACAUAUAACUGACGCCACUCUGAAGCAUCUAAAUAAAGCUUACGAGGUGGAGGAAGGUAACGGUCACCUGAGAGACACCUACCUGAAAGAGCUCAACAUCAAGACUUACCUGGUUAUAGAUCCCAGGUCCAAAGAUCCGUCCCAGAGCAGCCGCAACGUUCCCAAGCAGCGUGUGAGUGAUGGUCUGAAGAUAAGAGCGUCAGUACGGAUGACGCGCUACCUGGAAUCGUGGGGGGCUGCAAAACCCUUCGCACAUCUCCAGAGCAGAGAGGGGUUCAUGACCGAUGCCAUGGUGAACGCCAAGAACCUCUGCAAGGACAUUCCUAUGAGAACAGCACCAAAAAUAACAGAAAGCUUCGAUGAGUCUCUCGAGGAAUCGUUAUCCUUCCCCACGCCUCCGUUCAGCGUGAAUAAGAACAAAUCCCAGAAGAGCAGGUUUGAUGAGGAACUGCACAAUGAGAUGAUCACCACCAUUGAUGAACUGAGUUCCAGCAAGCAGUGGGUGAAGUCAGAGGAGAUCUCAGGUCUCACUUUGUGGUUUACUAAACGAGAUCUGGAGAAACAGUACAGGACGAUAGAAAUGUCCAGUUUCAAGUACUACAUCGUCUGUGCCUUCUUCAUCUUCCUUUGCAUCUUCAUCAUUCAGAUGUCUGUCACCGAACAGCGUAGGCAGUUGGGAUUGGUAUUUGCGCUGUUGGCAUGUGUUUUGCUGUUGACCCUUGCCAUCUGUUUUGCUGUUCACAUUCAGAAACUCUUCCAGGAGAAGUUACAGUCCUGUCAGUGGUUAUCUGCUGUUUCUGAGGCGGUGGUUAAGAAGCCUUUUGUGCGCCUGCCACUAACAACCAUCACUACCACAGUUAUUGUUAUCAUUGCCUUGUUUAACCUGUGCUUUAAACCCAACAUUUUGUCCCCGGCUUGUAUUUGGGGAAAUGAAAGCAACGCAGCUCAACCACCUGAGGACUUUUUCUACUUUCUACCUUAUUCAGUGUACAGCUGUAUUCUGGCAUUACUGGUGUGUGGGGUGUUUAUCCGAGUAAGUUUCGAGCUGAAGGUGGCCUUCCUCUUCAUCGCUACAGCCGUUUAUUACAUUAUCAUCUGCUGCACCCAAAAUGAUCUGUUUACCAGCUACAGCUGUCUGCUCUUUGGGAAUCUCAACAGUACUGAGGAGUUUGCUGCAAGUGCGCUGAUAAAAGGAGGUCUGAUGAAACACCCACAGAUUAUGAGCUGCAUCUACAUAACUCUGUUCCUCUUCACCAUGCUGCUAAUAUCACGUCAGGAUGAGUUUUGCUGCCGCCAGGACUUCCUCCUAAAGAACAAGAACCGGACGGAUAAGGACGAGAUUGAGCUUUGUGAGAAUCUGACUCGGCUGCUGCUUGAGAACGUCCUCCCGGCUCACGUGGCAUCGUUGUUUGUGGGCGAGAACAAAAAGAACGAGGAUCUGUACUACAAGUCUUACGACUGCGUGUGCGUGAUGUUCGCGUCCGUUCCCGACUUUAAGGAGUUCUACACGGAGUGUGACAUUAAUAAAGAGGGACUGGAGUGUCUGCGGCUUCUGAACGAGAUCAUCGCCGAUUUUGAUGAGCUGCUAUCUAAGCCUAAGUUUAGUGGUGUGGAGAAGAUUAAGACUAUUGGGAGCACAUAUAUGGCUGCUGUGGGGCUCAGUGGAACACAAGGACAAGAAAAUAAUCAGGACCGGGAGAGGCAGCAGGCACAGAUUGGCAUCAUGGUGGAGUUUGCCAUCGCUCUGAUGGGGAAGCUGGACGGCAUCAACAGGCACUCGUUUAACAGUUUUAGGCUGCGUGUGGGAAUAAACCACGGACCAGUAAUAGCCGGGGUGAUCGGUGCUCGCAAGCCACAGUACGAUAUCUGGGGGAACACGGUGAACGUUGCCAGCCGAAUGGAGAGCACCGGAGAGCUGGGCAAAAUCCAGGUGACGGAGGAGACAUCGGACGUUCUGCAGAAGCUGGGUUACUUGUGCGAGUGCCGGGGUCUGAUCAACGUGAAGGGAAAGGGAGAGCUCAGAACCUUUUUCGUGUGUACAGACUCCAAUAAGCAGGGGAUGGGUCUGAGCUGAGAAUGCCAACUGUACCACACAGCUCCAGAUUAACACCCACACACCCACACACUGAGAUGUAGUUCUGUAGUUCCUCCUCUCUGUGAUGUUACUUGGAUUUUUUCAUGUUGGAAAAGCUGUUACAGCCAAAACUCUGAACAAACACAUACUGUACAUUGUGUGGUUGAGACUGAACCACUGAACCACUGAAUCUUGCCACUUAAUGCUGGAUCAACAGAACCAAUUUUUUACGAUGUUUACGGAGCUUGAAAUCUGCACAAACCUGCACUGUUCUGAACCUCGUGAGGAUAAAGUCUGGAUUUUUUAUCUGUGAUUUACAACAGGCGACUUUUCCUGCACAAAGUAAACCAUGAAGUUCCUCUGUUUU